UUCCUUGUCGCUGAACUUCAAGAGCGGCAGCAGAAGAGGGAAAUUUGAACGUCGUUGUGCCCUGUUUGGAUCUGUAUGUACAGCUAAAUUAGCCAGCUAGAGGACUGCAAAUUAGCAGAUCUCCUAAAAUUGCCAUGGAACCACUCCAGGAUCAAAACGUCAGUGUAGGAUCCCCCUUUAAAAACAGUUACUUUGGAAGUUUCCAUCUCCCUCCGGAGAGAAUGUCACCUUCAAUUGUCAAGGAUGUCCCAACGGCCCCCGUGACAAACAACGUGAACCUGCAGGAAUUCAACAUACAUAUGUAUCGGGCAUCACCUGACGCUGGUAGCAAAGCGGUGAUUGCAGCCCUGAAGACUCUACAGGAGAAGAUGCGUCGGCUUGAGCUGGAGAGAGUCCAGGCCGAGAGGAACGUCAAUCAGUUGUGCCGGCUCGCGGACAGGGACGCCGGAAGAACCGCCCAGCGAGAACCGGGAGGGCGGGACACCGGGGGAAGGGAAGGCAGGCCGCACCAAGAGCUGGCUGUGCAGCUGCAGUCUGCGGAGGCCCGUUGCUCGCUCCUGGAGAAGCAGCUGGACUACAUGAGGAAGAUGGUGGAGAAGGCGGAGCAGGACCGAAACGCCGUCGUUCAGAAGCAGGAGUCUCUUCAUAAAGACAGGCGGAAGGACCAAACGGAAGUUGAGGUCCAGCUGCAGAAGCUGGAGAUGCUUGAAAGAGAGUGUCUGAAGUUGAGCAGCACCCAGUCUGUAGCAGAGAGGAAGAUUGAGCUUCUGGAACAGAAGCUUCAGCAGGAGGAGCACGAGCGAAAGCUCGUACAGGAGAAGGCGGCUGAGCUACAAAGAAGCCUGGAAAAGAACCACGCUCUGUAUUCCUCUGUUUCUGCUGGGGUCAAACAGAAAAGAAAAACAAAGAAGCCCCUUCCAAGGAAAACGGCUGCGGUCGCUCCACUGCCUCACCCCUUCCCCAAGGCCAAGCAGAUGCCCUUCGUAGCUGGAACAUCCACCGGGCCCAGUCACUCGGUGAGCGCCAACGUGCAGAGCGUCCUGCACAUGCUGAAGCACCACCACCCCCCCCACCUCUGCGACCGCGCCCACCCCCUCCGCCGGUCCGGUUCGGAGACCCGCGGCGGCCCCCGAAGGGCCCCGUCCGGCAGCAAGGGGGCCCCCGUCCUGGGCAACCUCUCCGAGGUGCUGCUGGCCCUGCAGGACGAGCUGGGACAGAUGAGUUUUGAGCACCAGGAGCUGGUGCAGCAGAUCGAGGACACGCAGAAGCGGGGUUUGAGGGAGGACCUGGAGCGGGAGCUGGACUGCCUGGUGAAGCGCAUGGAGGAGAAGGGAGCUCAGAUCUCCCAGCUGAAGAAGCACCAGCUAGCGGUGCAGAAGCUGAAGCUGAAGCGGAGGUCCGGGGCCCCGAAGCCGAGGGCCGCCAGCGCCGACGGCCGGAUCGGACCCUCCGGGGGCGGGGCCACGUCCCCGGCGCCCAGAACCACCCCCCGGCGCCCCCGGGGCAAAGGAGGCAGCGGGGGUUGCCAGGGCAACCGGAGCGAGCGGCCGCAGCUGAAGGGGCCGGUGAGGCUCCAGACCAAUCUGCAGAAAGAUGACAUCAUAUGGGAGACUUAGAGGCUGUUCUGGGAUUAGCCCCGCCCAUCCACCCCACUCUGCCACGGCAACGGGGGGGGGCUGUUUGCCACUGUUCCGGAGUGCUGUCCCUGUGUGGGGCCAACAUCAAUAAUGGAGUUUGGUAAUUGAAUUUUUUUGCUUCCUCGUCCUGCGCUGCGAAUGCAUCUCGCUGCUCAGGAAAGCUGGCGGAUUAAAGCCUCACGAUUUUAUUCUGAGCCAUUCUGGACGUUUCCAUUUGAGCUCCGUAAGAACGCCAGGAAUGUGUCGUUAUUUUUAUUUUAUCCAUCCAUCACAAUUACGGGUGUAUUUUUGCAUGUAUGGCAGAGUUUUAUUCAUGUGCAUGUUAAUAAUUAAUAAAAAGUCCUAUUUAAAAAUAUAA